CACAAAAACAAAAACCUGACCUUUGACAUUGAAAUUUCUUUUCAGGUAUGUUUCAACUUCAAACUGUGUUCUCAUUAAGACAUGGUAUGUAUUAGAAAAAUGGAAGUUUCAAUUGUGUUGGUCUUGUUCUUUUUCACAUUUCUUUUCUUUGUUCAAUCCAUCAAUUGUUCUGGUUUUACUCCUGUUGAUGGUUUCUUAAUUGAUUGCGGCGGAAGUAAUCCGGUCGAAGUUGAUGGUUCUCGGGUUUUUCGACCCGAUAAUAGUUUUCGGAAUGUGAGAUUGUCACCUUCUACUGGCAUUGUUGUUUCUGGGGAUGUAAUUAACGGUUUUAGUAACUCAGCUCUUUAUAGUUCUGUUAGAAUCUUUGAGAAAACAUCAGUUUAUGUUAUUGGAACUAAGCAGAUUGGUCGCCAUUGGUUAAGGUUGCACUUUUUUCCUGUUCAAAACACAAGAUACAAUUUGAAAUCUGCAGUUUUUUCAGUUAUGGCUAAUGGAAUCACGUUGCACCGGUUUUCGUUUUCGAAAUCGAGUCAAAACUCUCCAGUAAUGAAGGAAUAUGUGAUCGAGAUCGGAGAUUCGGGUUUGGAAUUGACGUUUUCUCCAGGCAAUGGUUCGGUUGCAUUUGUUCAUGGGAUUGAGGUUGUGGCUUUACCCGACACGAAUUUCCCUUCCGGUGUCGUGCCAGUUCCGUUUGGACCCGAAGUUGAGAUCCCAAAACGUGUAGCUUUCGAGACGGUUUACAGGAUAAACAUGGGAGGCCCUGUUUUGACGCCCAAGAAUGAUUCUAUGUGGAGGACAUGGGAGACAGAUCAAGCUUAUUUGAUAAAUGCUGCAUCGGCCAACAAUGUUUCAGUGAAUCCGAAUUUGAUCAAGUACAUUGAUGGUGUCUCGGCUGAAAUUGCACCGAAUUCGGUUUAUGCUACUGCACAAGAAAUGGCUGAAGCAAACGUGACCGAUCAGAGGUUUAACAUUUCGUGGAGGUUCGAUGUCGAUGAGGGCUUCACUUAUUUCAUUAGGCUGCAUUUUUGUGACAUUGUUAGUACCGUUCUUAACAGCUUGAUUUUCAAUGUUUAUAUCAACAAACAAUCUGCUUUGCCAUCUUUCGAUAUUUCCAGUAAGACGAUGGUGUUAUCGGCUGCCUACUAUGCCGACUUCGUCACAAAGGUUUCGAUGGGAUCUAAUCAGAUUUUGGUUCAAGUCGGUCCACCUGAUUUUAGAAAUCUUCCAACCAAUGCAAUUUUGAAUGGUUUAGAGAUCAUGAAAAUGAGCAAUCAUUGUGGUAGCCUUGAUGGAAAUGUGUGUAAAAUCCGAAAGAACUCGAAGUUCCCGAGAAGAAAAUUGGUUGCUCUAGCAAUUUCCUCGGCAGCGGUUUUCGCGGUUUUAGUGUUCGUCGUAGCAGCUCUGUUAUUACGUUUGCACCGGCCAAAGAAGCCUAAACGUUGCCCCUCUACCUGGUUUUCUCUCCCAGCGAAUGUGGGAAAUUCGGAUUCGAAAGUUUCGAUUUGCAGCCUUGCUUCAACUGCACAAUCUCACGGUUUAGGCCGGGUACUAUCAUUCGCAGAGAUUCGUGAAGCAACCAAGAAUUUUGACGAGAGCUUGGUCAUUGGUGUAGGUGGAUUUGGGAAGGUUUAUAAAGGUGUUCUAGAGAAUGGGGUCAUGGUUGCGGUAAAGCGUGGAAAUCCCGGAUCCCGGCAAGGACUAACCGAGUUCAGGACGGAAAUUUUGAUGCUUUCCAGGUUGAGGCACAGGCACCUAGUUUCUCUUAUAGGCUACUGUGAAGAACAAAACGAGAUGAUCCUCGUUUAUGAGUUCAUGGCAGGCGGUCCAUUACGGAAACACUUGUACGGUUCCAAUCUUCCAUCGCUAAGCUGGAAACAACGGCUCGAAAUCUGCAUCGGAGCUGCGAAAGGCCUGCACUACCUUCACACAGGAGCAUCAGACACAAUCAUUCACCGAGAUGUGAAAACAACGAACAUACUCCUCGAUGAAAAUUUCACAGCAAAGGUCGCGGAUUUCGGAUUGUCGAAACUAGGCCCUACAUUAGACCAAACUCAUGUAAGCACUGCAGUGAAAGGAAGCUUCGGUUAUCUCGACCCGGAGUACUUCCGCCGACAGCAACUCACCGAGAAAUCCGAUGUGUACUCAUUCGGAGUCGUUCUCAUGGAAAUUUUAUGCGCUAGGCCUGCAAUUAACCCAGCACUUCCAAGGGAACAAGUGAACAUUGCUGAAUGGGGUAUGUAUUGGCAAAAGAGAGGUCAAUUACAAAGGAUCAUAGAUUCAAAUCUAGUCGGAUUAAUCAACAUCGAUUCCUUGAGAAAAUUCGGCGAAACGGCCGAGAAAUGCUUGGCCGAACACGGAGUUGAAAGGCCCACAAUGGGUGAUGUGUUAUGGAACUUGGAGUAUGCUCUUCAACUACAAGAGGCUUCGAUACAAAACGAUUCAUCCGAUAACAGCGCGAAUCAUAUUCCGGAAAUCCCAGGAUGGAUCCCUCAAGUCGAAUCGGUUGACACCGAUUGUUACGAUAUUGUCAGCGAUCAAGUAGCUUCGGAUGCAACAACAACGAGCGACGUGUUUUCACAGAUUAUGGAUCCUAGAGGAAGAUAGAAUUGGAAGGGGUAGGGCCUUAUUUGUUUCAUUUUAUUGUGUGUGUUUCAAACAUUUUACAUUUUUGCAUGCAGAAAUAUUAGUUUAGUUGAUCAUAACUUGAAUUUUAUAUUGUUUUGAUUAUUGCUACUAAAUGAAAAUUGAGUGUCGAUAAA